AUGCUGCGGCGGCGGGCGCGGCCGGGCUGGGGGCUCGCGCUGCUGCUGCUGCUGCUGGCGGGGCCGGGCUGGGCGGCGGGGCCCGCGGAGCGGAGCCGGCCCUACGCCGUGCUGCGGAGACAGAACCUGGUGCUCAUGGGGAGCAUUUUCAGUAUCCUGUUGAUCACCAUGAUCCUGAUGGCAGUAUGCGUCUACAAGCCCAUUCGACGACGGUAG